AUGAUCGUCGCCGUCCAAACACGCAAAGCCCGCGCCCAGCGAGAAAAAAGGCGCCUCGUAGACGCACGCGAGAAGGGCUUUGAUGGGCGCGCGCCGAUAUGGGAGCGCCGCAUCCCGGCCUACGACGCCAAAACAGACCCUUAUUGCCGCCUCUACCACGAGGGCAACGACCCCCCGAAUUCAAUGUCGACCAUGUCGUCGGGCCUCGUGUCGGCCCCGCCGCGCGACGCGCGCGCCAUCCUGGCCGAAGCGCAGCCCGCGGGCGCCCCCGCCGAAUUCGCCUCGAUCUGCGCGGCCUGCGACUUCGAGCCGCACGAAGGGACCGACCCGCACUGCCAGCUCGCCGUGCUCAAGGCUAUCCUGUCGAGGGAAGCGGCGUUGGCCGCGCUCGAGGCCUUGUGCGAGGACGUCGCGCGGCGAGCGCACCGCUCCUGGGCGCUGCGGGAACCGCCGAAGCCGCUCGACCAGGUGACCCGUAGGGAAGCGGCGGACGCCAUGAGCGCCCUACGAGACCGGACGCUGGAGCUCUGCGAGGCCCUGCUCGCGUGGAGGGGCGACACGGACGUGGCCGAAGCCAAGCCGUUCCUCUGGCACGGCCGCGACUACGCGCUCAAGGUCGCCUCCUCGGACUCGGACUUCGUCGCGGCCGUGGAGCCCCUCGCGGCGGCGCUCGGCGUCGACGCGCGGCGCAUGCGGAGGAACCCUCUGAUGCUUCCGCGGACCCUCGACGACGCGCACGUGGCGCCUCCGACCGGCGAACAGACCGCCAAGGGGGCGCGCUUCGCGGCCGCCGAGGCCUUCCUCGUCGCUGAAGAAGUGAGAGCGGGCAAGGGCAUUACUGCCGGCGACGCCGCGCUCGACGACGACUCGCUCCCCGCGCUCGCCGCGCCGGCGGGGCCCCAGAGCGACGCGCUGCGGUCGCAGCAGGCGCGGGCGCUGCGCGCGCCCGCGGAGACGUCCUGGGCCGGCGGCGGCAUCGCCGCGCGGCACGGGUCGCUGCCGCCGGCCGCCAUCGCGCCCGUCUCGCUGGCCCACGCCGCCGACGCGGGCUGGGGCUCGAAGAAGACGGAGCUCGUCAACUGGCGCGAGCAGGCGUCGGACCAGCUGGCGAACCUCGCCGACCGCGGCGAGAACGCCGCGCGCCAGGCGGCCACGCGCCGCCUCGGCGGGUCGGCCCGCGGGACGGUCUCGCAGCGCAGCACCAUCAACACCCACAGCACCAGCUCGGCGCCGGGCCACCCGCUGGCCAUGCCGCGGCGCAAAUCCACCUCCCGCCGCACGAAGAAGGGUGAUAGGAGGGGCGCACCAGCACCACAAAUCGGCGCGCCCACCCCGACGCUGGCGCUGCCAGACGACGAUGCUGGAUCGUACGCGUCGGACGACGACGUCGCGCACUCGGCGCCCGACGCGGCCGUCAAGGCCGCCGCCCACGCCGCGGCGGCGGCUCGCACGGUGGAACCUGCUGAUCUCAGCACGCUCGCCGGCCUCGACGCGCCCAAGGAGGCCGUUGCCCUGGUAGCGGCAGCGGCUUUAACACUCGCGGCUGGCGGCGGCGCGGGCGUGCCUGGAGACGUGCGGUGGCCCGCGUUCGUCGAAUUUGUCGACGCUGAUGCGGCCGGCGUAGCGAGCUCGCUGCGCGCGUUGGACUGUAGUGCCGUGGCCGACUUCAAACGCCGCGCACUCCGAAGGUUUCUGGAUGCGGCGGCGCCGGCUGCCAGCGGUGCGCAAACGCCCGGCGGGCCUGCGGACGCCGCCGCGGCCCGCCUUCAUGCAUGGGUCGCAUCGGCGCUCGCGGCCGCCGACGCCGCGGCGCACGCGCGUGCGGGUGAUGAUGAGGCCGCCAGUCGCGCGCUCUCCGCCGCGGCUGCGGCGUCUCGCCGAGCUCGCCGCGUGCGCGCGCGCCGGCCGCCGAGCAAAAGACGGGCGCGGACGCCUGCCUCGCCGAAUCAGACUGGCCCCAGGUCACCCUCUCGCGGCGCACCGCCUGCUAGUCUGGCCGCUGACGUCGUCGUGACGUCCAAGCUCCGCGACCGCUUCGGCCCGGACCCGCGUCGGAGUAGCGGCCAGCGCGAGGCGUGGCUCGUCUCCGUGGUCGCCAAGCCCGACGGAUCCUUCGAGGCCAGGGCUUACCACCCGGGCACGUCGGUCGAGCUGUCGCUGCCGGUGCCGCGCGCGGCCGCGCCAGCAGGGAAGAACCCGGACCGCUGGGCCGCCGACGUGCUCCCGAGCAAACUCGUGCUCGACAUGGGGAGUGGUCGGCCCGAGCUCGUGCUCCGGUCUACUUCGCCGAUCCGCAGAAGGUGACUCUCGAGCGAGUAAGUUCCCCAGUUUACUUA